AUGACUCAGCACUUCCUGUUCACAAGCGAAUCUGUUACAGAAGGUCACCCCGAUAAGAUCUGUGACAUUGUAUCAGAUACAAUCCUUGAUGCAUGCCUCGCUCAGGAUCCAAACUCCAAAGUUGCCUGCGAAACCUGCACAAAGACAGGUUUUGUUAUGGUAUUUGGUGAGCUUACAUCCAAUGCUAACCUUGAUUAUCAAAAGCUCAUCCGUGAUGCGGUUCGCAAUAUUGGCUACAAUUCUUCAAAGGUUUGCUUCGAUGCAGAUACAUGUGCCGUUAUGGUUUCUAUUAGCCAGCAGUCUUCUGACAUUGCCGAGGCUGUCUUCCUUAACAAGUCUCCAGAAGAUCUUGGUGCUGGUGAUCAGGGCAUCAUGUUUGGCUAUGCUACAGACGAAACUAAGGAACUCUUCCCUCUUACACACGUUCUGGCUCAUGGGUUAGCACGUAAGCUCGCUGAGGUUCGCAAGAAUGGAACAAUUCCUUAUCUUGGACCAGAUGGCAAGACACAAGUUACAAUUGAAUACGAAAGAUCUAAUGGAUCCCUCAAGCCAUGCAGAAUUCAUACAGUUCUCAUUUCAACAAUGCAUACAGACGAAGUUACACUCGAGAAACUUCGUGUCGAUGUUAAGAAGCAUGUCAUUGAUGCAGUUCUUCCAGCAGAUCUUGUUGAUGACAAGACAAUUUUGCAUAUUAACCCAGGUGGCCGCUUUGUUAUCGGCGGUCCACAAGGAGACUCCGGUCUUACUGGACGUAAGAUUAUCGUAGACAGUUAUGGUGGUUGGGGAGCGAACGGCGGUGGUGCUUUCUCCGGAAAGGACCCCACAAAAGUCGAUCGCUCUGCAUCUUAUGCUGCCCGAUGGGUUGCCAAGAGCCUUGUUGCAGCUGGCCUUUGCUCUCGUUGCUUAGUUCAGCUCUCCUACGCUAUUGGUGUUGCCCAUCCCUUAUCUGUCUUUAUCGAUACUUACGGAACUGGUAAAGGAAAGACCGACGAGGAACUCGUUGAGAUUGUCAAUAAGAACUUUGAUCUCCGACCAUAUGCAAUCAUUCGUGAUCUCGAUCUUCUCAGACCAAUCUAUGCUCAGACAGCAGCAUAUGGUCAUUUUGGUCGUACAGACAUCGAUCUCCCAUGGGAAAAGGUCAAGGAGAUUAAGUUCUAA